AAAUUAAAUUAAAAUACAAAGUUAUUGAAAUAAAUGUAUUAGAAUUAGAUAAAUAAUUUAAAUAGGAUUACUGCUUACUAUGGGUAUCCUUCUAACAAUACAAAUAGCAAUACCAAGAAUUUUGAUGAUUCCAACAAUGCUUCUUUAUAUUCGGUUCGAAAGACAGGAGAUGACACUCUAAAUAAAUCAUAGUCAAGUCCCAAGAGUCCCAAUACAAGUGAGAUUUUGAUAUAAAAUAUUGGUGGAAAAGUUGGUGAUUUAAGCAAAGAAGUAUCAAGACUUAUGUAAAUUAAUGAUAAGUUAAUAGCUGACAUUUCUGCUUUAAAUACACAAAAUCAUAACAAAGAUUUUUUGAUAAAAUCACUUCAAGAAAGGCUUAAUCUAAUUGAUAGCAGCAGUAACAGUGCUAGGUUAGUUUAAAACGCAAAUUAAUAAUAGAUUAUUGAUUACAAUUAGUAUUAAAUUAAUCAUUCUAAAAUUUAAGAGAAAGAAGAUGUCUUUUAGUAGUAAAAAAUAACAAAUAUAAACACUUUGUAGCCACGCUCUGGCAUAAGCCCAAAUUUAUAUGUGAAUAACAUGCUAAAUCCGAAUUAAAAUUAGAAUGUAACUAACUUAGACGGUAAAGAAGAUAAUUAGCGUUAUUUAUUAAGUAGCCUUUAGGUUAAUACAGAUGUAGCUGAAAACACAACUAAUUUUUUAUUCAACAGUGGUUUUUCUUAAUCUGGGAAAAAUUCAGCCAAGCACGCUCAAUAGGUCCAGUAAAUUUCAUAUGAAAAAACCAACGGAUAUAAUUAGAAUUAGACUAACAAUAUUACUUCUCCUUGGAGUUUAUAUUAGUAAGAUGAGAAAGUUAAUUAAAUUUAAAUGAAUGCUCCUUCAUUCAGCAAUAACAAUGCAACUAUAAAUAAUGUCAACAAUCAAGCUUUUAAUGAUUAGCAAAUAAUCAGAAAUUCUCAGCAAAACAAGUAGCUAAUGUUAGCUUCAUUUUAAGAUAAAUAAUCAGCUUCGUCUGAAUAAGUGAAUAAUUUUCAGUCUCAAUUUUCACUCUUUCAGGAAGAAUUAGAAAAUGUCAAGAGGGAAAAGGCUCAAUUAGAGAUGAAUUAUAAUGACUUGAAAUAAAAGUAUGAAGAUUAGCAAAAAGAGCAUGCAAGAGAAAUAGCUUAAUUAAAAACAAACAUGUUUAACAGUGUGGUAGAAAGUGAUAAUUACAGUAAAUAUGAUGAAGAUCCACUUUUUAACAUUGAAAACAUAAAGAAAUAACUUGAUAAAAAUACUAGUGAGUUAGUUAAAUCAAUAGAAAUAGAUGAAAAAAUGAUUGAAGGAAGAUUUAAUAAGAAGGAUAAUACAACAAAUAUCUUUAACAAUAAUUCAUUUAGUGCCUCCAAAGAAAAAUUUAUUUAAAAAAGCAGUACAUCAAACAAAUUUUAAGGCGUUUCAGACCAUCAAACUAACUUGGUUGUCUCACAAGAAAUCCCUUCUAACAAGAAUUUAGAUAAAAUGGGUCAUUCAUAACAAAAUAUUGUGGUAUCUAGCGAGUUUGAAAAGACCGAUUUUAAGAAUAAUUAAGAAUAAUUCAUCAAAAGAAAUAGUUUGAAAUAAGGAACUCUAAACGGAGUUAAUUUGCAUAAAGAUAACACGCAUUUAAUUGAUAUUUUAGAUUAGCUAGAAUAGGCUAAAAAAGAAAAUACAAAUCUGAAAUAUGAGCUCAAGUUAGUUAAAGAAGAAUUGUUAUUUAUUAGCGCUAAGGAUACAUAAGCCCACAGCAAAAAUGAGUAGCUAAGAAUAAUUGUUGCAAAGUUUAAAUUAGAGCAGGAGGAAGAAAUAAUGAAAUUCAAAAUUCAAAAUGAAGAGCUGCAAAGUGAGUUAAAGAAGCUCAAUUCUUUAAAUAAAAAUCUUUAAAAUGAAAUCAUAAAGUUAAAAGAAGGUCUCCAAAGUCAUUAACGCUCUUCUACAAUCAUGGAUGAAAAGACUCUUGAGAAUCUCUUUGAUUCUGAAAUCGAAAGUGAAGGAGAAGACUUAGAAGACGAUGGCUAUGGUGACAGAGACUCUAAACAAAUAAGAAAGCAUAAAAAUGAUAUAUUAAAUACGAUGACAAACAAUGAAAAAAUAUACAAUAAAAUUGUUUAUCUGAAACGCAAGAAUCGUCGCUUAGAAGAUUAACUUGAAGAAUGGAAAAGAUAAUAUUGGUUGCUGGAGAAAUCUACAUAAAACAACAAUUACCAGAGUCAGAAUAACAACAAUAAAAAUAAUAAUAACAACAAGAAGCCAAAUAACAAUAAUUAAAAUCAUCCUCCAUAAUUAAUUUAGUAGAAUUCUUAAGGGUCAAGUCAGGAGAAAUCUUCAUUGUUUGAAUUUAAUUUCUCAUAAUUUUUGCAAUACCAGCAAAGAGCCAGCUAAGAAAGUAAAAAGUAAGUCCUACAACAAGUAUAACAACUACCUUAAGAAAUGAAUGAAAUAAAUGAGAUCUCUGAAAACACCUAAAAAGAAAAUAAAUUAGAUAGUUCUACUUUCUCUAAGAAUGAAGCCAUUUCAUAAUGUGACACUCCUGCUAUAGGAAUUUCAGUCAACUAAGGAAAAGCUGAAUAAACUACUCCAUAAAUGAAUUUUGGUAGUCCUUCGAACGAAGUUACCAACCCGAAAAGUAAUAAGAACAACUUAAUUGACUACACCAACAUUAGUAACUUGAUCAUUAACUAAUAAUAAAAUAAUAUACAACAAGAAAAAUCAGCUUCGUAGCUACAGACUAAAUAAAAUGAUUUCACUAAUAUUUCUCCAAAAUCAGCAAAUCUGAACAAUAACAAAAUCAAUUUUAGCAACGAACAAUUUUAUAAGCAGACAUCAUUUAGCAACUAUAACCCAUACAGUUUAAAUAGUAAUUACUAAAUUUAAAAGAUCGAUCAAUAUCUGUAUAAACCUGUGACAUAAUUUAGCCCUUCAUAAAAAAUUCCAGAUUAAAUUUAAAGCCAGAACGAUUAAAUUAAUAAUCACAUACAUCAAAUAAAGGAAGAAAAGAAAUAACUUGAAAAAGGAGUCAUAUCUACCAUCAAAGAUAUCCGAGAUUAAGUAAAUUAGCUUUAAAAGAGAAAAAUCAAGAAUGCUCCUUAGUUCUAAUCACAUUAAUAAUAAAUAAUUAAUCAAAUUACUAAACAAAACAAUAAGUUGUAAGUCUAAUAACAGAAUACAACUUCAUAAAAAAUAUUUAAUGAUUAGCUCUAUCAAAAUAAAACGUUGAACUCAGAUUAUUAAAAAUAACAUCAAUCAACAUCAGGUUUAAUUCAUCUUGAGCAAAAAACAUCUAACUCUACUACUAAAGUUUCACACUUGAUUAAUAACUUUAAAAAGCUUAAUUUGGAAAAAUCUCAAUCUCCUAUUAUAACUUCAGAUCAAAAAAAUAACAACUUGAAUUAGACCUCUAUAAAUAGUAAUAACACUAGCUAAAACAUUGGUAACUUUACUUGCCAAACUGAUAGAUAAAUUCUAUAUAAUAAUAGCAACUAGAACAAUGUUCAAUCUUAACCAUCUCUAAACCAAAUAAAUUAAUACUAGCUGACUAAUUAGUAAAAGAAUCUAAACAAAAUAGCGUAAACUGCGGCUACUACUCCAAAAAUGUCAAAUACAAAACAAUCUACUUCUGUCCAUUAUGCCUAAAACAAUUAGCAAAUUUAACAAUAUCAAUAAAUUAAAUAAGUUUUGCACACUCAACCUAAUUUAACAAAUCAUUAAGAAAAGACUAAUUUCAAUAAUAGACAAAGUGCAAACUUAAGCUACGAAACAACAAAAUCAUAGAUGAAUAAUCUAAACAAAAGUACAUCACCAAUAAAUAGCACAAAAACCUACCCAAAGCAAAUCGAGUAAAGUUACAGUAACAACUUCAUAUAUUAAAAGACAAAAUUUAACCAAAGAAUCAAAGAUAAAUACAACUGA